UGGUGUACUUAGAUGAUAAUCAAUCAAAAAUGGCUCGUCAAACAUUGCAACAUCCUAUCCACAAAAACUUGCCAAGGUAUUCCAUAAGGAGCUCUCUUGAAGAAUUUCAAGUGGGAGAUGAAUGGGAAGCUAUGUUCAAAGAACUCGCAUUCAUCGAAUUUGGGGAGCUGCAAUCUGUUUACAAAGAAGAAAAACGUCAAGUUCUGAAAUGGUGGAAGGAACUUUCGGUGACACAAGACUUGAAGCUUGCUAGAAGCCAACCACUUAAAUGGUACAUGUGGUCCAUCGGAGCUCUGUCAGGUCCAAGAAUGUCGAAGGAACGAAUGGAGCUAAUAAAACCAAUCUCUCUUGUCUAUUUAGUAGAUGAUAUUUUUGAUGUUUAUGGUACACUCCCCGAACUCACACUAUUCACUGAAGCUGUCAAUAGGUGGGAAAUUUCUGCUGUUGAGCAACUACCGAACUACAUGAGGACAUGUUUCAUGACUUUAUAUGAAACCACAGAAAAUAUUGGGUGUGUAGUGUAUAAAGAGCAUGGAUGGAACCCUAUCGACCACUUGAGAAAAGCUUGGGCAAAUUUGUGCAAUGCAUUUCUGGAGGAAGCAAAAUGGUUUAAUAGUGGAGAUAUGCCUGUGGCAGAGGAGUACUUGAAGAAUGGGAUAGUAAGUUCAGGGGUGCCUAUGGUGCUUAUCAACCUUUACUUUCUCUUGGGUCAUGGAGCAACUAAAGAUUCUUUAUCAUCAGAUGUCUUCGCUGAUAUUGAAGGCAUUAUAUCUUCCAUUGCCCAAAUUCUUCGUCUUUUGGAUGACCUCGGAAAUGCUGAGGAUGAACAGCAAGAAGGGCAGGAUGGAUCGUAUGUAGAGUACUUGAUGAAAGAAGAACAAGGCUUAACUUAUGAAGAUGCAAGGCAACAUGUUUUGGAAAUGGUUUCAAACGCAUGGAAAGAUGUCAAUAAACAGUGUCUCACACCAAGUGCAAUUCCAUUGUCUUUUCAAAAGGCUUGUCUCAACGUGGCCAGAAUGGUUCCUAUGAUGUAUAUUUAUGAUGAGAAUCAUUGUCUUCCCGUCCUAGAAGAGCAUAUCAAGUCAAUAUUUUGUGACAUGGACUGAGACUCGCGAUUGGGCACAUCAUUGAGUUCUAUGGCUGCAUGAAAAAUCUUAUCUACCAUUCGAGGAUAAAAAGAGUGUCAGACAGUAGGAGUAUCUAUUUUCCUCAAGUAUAGCACAAAUAAUUGAUAUAUCCAUUUGGUUUUCACUCAACUUAGUUUUAUUCACAUCAAUAAUACUUUGGGCAUAUGUUCU